UUUGUUUGUAGUAAACAUUAGACAAUCAAAUUAUAAAACAAUAGUAAUUUCGCAAUAAAUGAUGUAUUUGAAUCAAGAGAUUUUAUAGUUAAUUUAUCAUGGAGAUACAAACAGCUAUAACUUGUUGUGGGUGUCUCAACAACGGACGUAGGAUGGUCAAAAUAAGUGAAAUCAAUUUACAAAAAAGUUUUUCAGAAAUGAUCAAUGAAAACCUGAUAUCAAAUGGGGGUAGCCAACUAUUUCAACUGUGCUUUGAGUGUGCUGCAUUGCUGAUGAAGUUUACAAGGUUCAAGCAGCAAGUUGCUGCUAGUUACAAAACAUUCCAAAACUUGAGUUCGUCAUUUGACAGAAAAGCGAUACUCCGCCUCAGCACAAAGCAAUUGCCCAAUAUAGAUACAAUGAUAACUUCACAGAGUAUGGAAGGUACUGAGGUUGUUGUGGAGCAAGUUAAAGAAGAGAGCGACACAGAUGUGUUGGAUGAAGGAGUAGACUGGACUGAGGGUGAUAUUAAAGAAGAGCGUUCAAAUCAUGAGGAUGAGAUACCAUUGAUUAAGAUUAAGAAAAAAAAGAAGAAACCCAACGUUAAAUUAGAGAAGUUAGAAAAGGACGGAGAACUAGAGUUCACAGAAGUGUUAUUGGAUGAGAAAGAGAUAAAGCAGGAGAGAGCUAUGUUAGCUUUGAGGGAUGACUAUGUCAACGCUAUGUUCACAUGCGAUAAGUGUAUAUUAACUUUUCCUAAUGAAGACGAUUUGAAAGAUCAUGUGCUUGUAAAACAUGAGCAGAACGCAUCCCUCUACAAGUGUUCUAUAUGCACGUGUUCGUUCAGUUCGGAGGUAUCGUACAACUACCACACAAACAAACACACACGUCGAUACCAGUGUACCGUGUGUGCGGAUAGGUUUACCAGCAAGCGAUCCGCGAUCAAACAUUAUAACCUGGAUCAUUGCCAUGGAACAGCCCUUGGAUAUCAGUUUGAAGAAAAUAAUGAAAUUACUGACCAGAAUGCCGUAAAGGAUCCUGAAGAAAAUAAUAUAAGUACUGCAGAAGAAAACUCGUACCCAUGUGAAUUUUGUGCUAAGAUCUUCAAAUGGAAAACCUCUCUAAGAAAGCAUUUGGAGAAACAUCGAAUCGAAACAGGACAAAAGAGAAAACCAUAUUGUGCACCUUGCAGGUUAUCUUUCACUACGACACCAAAUCUACAGAAACAUGUCCGAACGAGUUCCAAGCAUAAAAUACAAUUGAAACUAAGGAAACUCAACGGGAACAUAGAAGCAAACGAGACAGGAGCAACUCAAAAGCAGUCGAAGCAAAAAACUCAGUUGAUGGACGAAAUUAAGUCAGCAGUAAAUAACUCUCAACCCAAAUACUUCUGUCACCAGUGCGAUAAGGUGUUUCUAUGGAGGGGCAACCUUUACAGACAUCUGGAAAGUCACGCUGCAAAAGCGAAGGGCGAUCUAGUAUGCAAGCCCUGUAAUAGAACAUUUUCGUCCAUAGCUACGUACCAACAGCAUAUGAAGAUCAGCAAGAAACACGCCUCCGAAAAUGAUUUCAAAUAUAUGUGCAGUGACUGUGGCAAGCGAUUCCCCACCAAGUCACAUUUGAAGGAUCACAUCAACUGGGAACACUUGAAGAAUUACGUUUACACUUGCGACGAGUGUCAGAAGGUGUUCAAGACCAGCAACUCGGUGUACCUGCACAAGCAAGCGGUCCACAAGAAGGACUGCAUGGAGCACCUUUGCGACCACUGCGGCAAAGGGUUCCCUAAUAACACGAAACUUCGCAAUCACAUACUGGGCAUACAUAGUGGCGGUGCGUUGCGUCAAUGUCCCUGGUGCGACGCAAGAUUCAGCUGGCAGUCGUGUCUAUCGCGGCAUGUUAGACAGAAACACAGGAAUAUCGCUAGCAAAAUGAGUUAGCAAUGAGUCACUAACGAGUCACUUAUGAGUUACUAUUGAGUCACUUAUGAGUUACUAUUGAGUCCCUAAUGGGUUCCUGUUGAACCACAAUGAGUUACUGUAGACAAACUAUUUACUAAUGUAUAAUGUGUGGAUCAUCUUAUUAUUAUAUUACUAGAUAAGCCCGCGACUUCGUCCGCGUGGAUUUGGGUUUUUUAUGAUCCCGUGGGAACUGUAUUAAUUAAU